AAGAUGCCAGUCAAAGUUCUGCUUCCCAUGUGAACGGUGGUGUUUUGUAUUCCGCGUUCCGAUCGUCUGCACCGAUUCCUUCCGCUACGCAGAAGAUUUUUUACCAGCAAAGAAAAAACUUCGCAUACUCCAGCUCCUCUUUUCGCUGGCUUCAGCAAGUUGAGUUUGGAAAACUAAUUUUUUGCUGGCAUCCCACACAACGAAGGCCCCGAAAAUCAGUUGCUGGGCAACCACCCAACCUAAAAGACCAAAAAAUCGAAAAGGGAGGAGGACCCACUGAAACUUACACGCAACAGCGUCUGUAGGAUGAGCAAUGCGGGAAUCGACGGUGGAGGAGGAGGAGUAUCAGGAUCCGGAUCAGGAUCGACAACAGUGCCGCCCACAACGCCGCCACCAACUGGCCAUGGAUCCACUCGCCGCCUGAGCCACCUGACGGGCAGUGGCCGUUCGGGAGGAGCCGCCGCCAUGGGCAAUGUGGUGGGCUGGCUGAAACAGGCUUCCAUUGAGGUGCGUGACGCCGGCACACGAACAUUGUCGAUGCUGCAGAGCAGCAAUCCCAACUUUCGAUCCUUGGACCUGUCUCUGGGCACGCCCACACCAACCACACCCACCUCCAGCGAAAUUCCAGCUGCUCCAGCCAGUGCCACCGCCUCGCUAAGUGGCUCCACGCUGCAAUUUGGUCCGGAGGAACCAGAGGAAGGAUCCGCUGCCGGAGGAAGCCAAUCGCUGACGCCACUGGAUGCCAGGGAGCUCCUGACGAGACCCACACGCGCCUACGCCUCCGUCAGCCAGCCGCAAAGUCCAAGACAUCGAGGAUCCGGUUGCGGCUCCGUCUCCGGAUCUCGAAUAAUCACACACGGCCUGACCGGCCGCUCCACAUCGAUAUCCUCGCAGCUGGAGAAGACCAAGAAGCUACUGAAAAUGACCGAGGGCGAGGACAAGCCGCUGACCAUUCUGCACUACAACGAUGUCUACAAUAUUGAGUCCAUGGCGGAAACGGAGCCGGUUGGUGGAGCAGCCAGAUUUGCCACGGCCAUCAAGAGUUUCGCGCACCUCAAUCCGCUUGUCCUUUUCAGCGGUGAUGCCUUCUCGCCGAGCAUGUUGAGCACCUUCACCCAGGGUGAGCAGAUGAUUCCUGUGCUCAAUACGGUGGGAACACACUGUGCCGUCUUUGGCAACCACGAUUUUGAUCACGGCCUGGAUGUGCUGGUCAAAUUGAUCAAGCAGACGGAAUUCCCCUGGCUGAUGUCCAAUGUGGUGGACAACGAAACCGGCCGUCCACUGGGCGGCGGAAAGAUCUCGCACUUCAUACUACACAAUCAGAUAUCCAUUGGCUUGAUCGGCCUGGUGGAGCGCGAGUGGUUGGAGACCCUGCCCACCAUCGAUCCCAAUGAGGUGACCUACAUCGAUUACGUGGAGGCGGGUAACAAGUUGGCCCGCGAGCUGAGAAACGAGGGAUGCGACCUCAUCAUUGCCCUUACCCACAUGCGCACUCCCAACGAUAUUAAUCUGGCCGAGAAGUGCAGCGGCAUCGACAUCAUUCUUGGUGGUCACGAUCACGUCCGCGAGGUGACCGAAAUCAAGGGCAAAAUGAUCGUCAAAUCGGGCACGGACUUCCAGCAGUUCUCCGUCAUCACCAUCGAGCGGGAUGCCGCCAAUCGCGAACAAUUCACAACGGACGUCAAGUGCUUCGAUGUGACGGCCAAAAUUCCGGAGGACCCGGAACUGAAACAGGAGCUCUCCAAAUAUGCCAAGUUCAUCGAGAGCAAGCUUUCGGAUGUAAUGGGUGUCUUCAGCGUGGAACUAGAUGGCCGUUUUUCCCGCGUUCGGACCCAGGAAACCAAUCUGGGCAACUGGGUGUGCGACGUGGUGCUGGCCGCCGUCGGCGCCGAUGUGGUCAUCUUGAAUGGCGGCACCUUCCGUUCGGAUCGAGUGCAUCCGGUGGGCGCCUUUACCAUGGGCGACCUGGUGAACGUUAUACCCAUGCGUGACCCACUCAUCCUGCUCGAAGUCAAGGGCAAAAUACUCUGGCAGGCACUGGAGAAUGGAGUGUCCGCCUAUCCCAAGCUGGAGGGCAGAUUCCCUCAGGUGUCGGGCAUCAGUUUCGCCUUCGAUCCGCAGGCGGAGCCCGGCAAACGUAUUGAUCCGCAACUUAUCCAGGUGGGCGACGAGUACCUCAACCUGGAGCAGUCCUACAAGUUGUGCGUCAAGAGCUACAUCUUCAUGGGCUGCGAUGGCUACACCAUGUUCAAGGAUGCGACUGUGCUGAUGGAUGAUGAUGCUUGUCCGGAGUUGGGUAUCACCCUGCAGAACCAUUUCAAGGCCAUCAAUUCCAGGAAGUGUGGACAGAACACCAAGCACCGCCAGUCGCUGGUCACCCUUUCCCGGAGGCACAGUCUGGUGCAGUGCCUGGAUAGCAUGGAUCUGGAUGGGCCAUCACCCAUUCGCAAAUUGUCCGUGGGUCACCACAACAAGUCGAUGGAUUUGACGCACGGCAAUUCUCAAAAGAUGCUACGACGUGCGUCCUUGGAUGACCUGGAGCAGUCCACCUGCGAUUUGGCGCCACAAUUGGAGCACCGCAUCGUUAUGAUACAAAACGAGGAGCAUCAUCGACAGCUACUGUUCAAAAAGGAGACGCACAUCAUGAAUUCCACAAUCACCGAAGCCGAGGACGAGUAAAGAAUUACCAAGAGUCAUUUGAUUAACAAUUUGCAUUUAAUUUAUUGUAUUUUUUAUUUCUUUUCCGUUUUCUAGUUACAAAAAAAUAAGACAACUUGAUUUAGGGGCAGUUUCCGAUGUGGAGAGGAAUAUUUGAGUAGGGGUUAGGCAAAAGCAUAGCGAAGAUAUACCCUUUAGCUAGUUAGAUAGUUGGCAGAUCUGUGGGAUCGUGUCCUAUAUUAUUACCGUUUAUUGUUAAUGCUCCUCUGUUUUCUUUUCGGCUAAGUUUUGUUGUAAACAUUCGUAAGACUUCCCCCAGAAAUGUAUGAACAAGAUAUUGAUAUUGUAUAUGAUGCAUGUGUAGUGAGUACGUGUACCUAAGCUCAACGCUAGUUUAAUUUACUUUUAAUUAGAUAAACUGAUUUACACAACCAACUGAUUAUUGUACUGCAACUUACAGAGCAGCCCUUAUGUUUUGUGAUCUAGAUAACGAAAAGAGUUUGAGCCGAGCUUUGACAAAACCUCCAGAUAUUCCAAGUAGUUGUUUUAAAAACCCCGAGUCCACAAAAACAAUCAAAUACUGUAGGUUGUACGCAAGCAAAUAGAAACACUGGACCGCGACGAGGUGGAGGACUACGAUUAGCAAACUGAAGAGGCCAGCAGAUGUAAAGUGAAUGUUAAGCAAUAUUUUAGAAAAUGCACCUAGAUUUUGAAUGUCAAAAUGGGAUGUGUAUAUUUUUAUGGACGCUUUUGGUGCGCUUGAACAUGGCAGAGCAUAUUGAUUUUUAGUGAACGCGAGCGCAACUCACGCGCAAACACUCAUGGAUAAAUGCUUUAAUCUUAAAUAGUUCCUUGAACUUGCACACCACCAACACGAGUGUAUUUUUGUCCAUAGGCGAGGUCCGAACAAAUGCAGAACCAGUGGUGCAGUGGCAGCUACCCACUCAAUUACACAAAGUUAAACAAUAAGUAGAGGCAGCCACUUAUAUGUACUCCAUGCUUAACUGAUUGUCCAUGCUUAGAACGUACAGUUAACUAAAGUGAACAAUAUACAGGCUCAAAGUGCACCUGAUUAUUAAAAUUAUAAAGGACCCAUAUAUAUAUACAUACACGCAGAUAUCGUAAAUCUGUCCACCUCCUUUGUCUCCCUUUAACUUUGAGGGCCGAUCCUUCAACACUUUUAAACUAUUUUGCAAUGGGUCAUUAGCCCGUAGAAG